AACAAAAGUAGAAAGGAAAUACGUAAAAAACAGAAAACAACAAUAAUUAUGUGACUUUCUACCCUUGGAAAAGAAGCAAAACCAAGAGCAGACAGCGAUCAGAAACACAUAAUACAGCUUUUACACAGAAACGAGUAAGUACUCGUUCCAAUAAUGUACACACACUCAUUUCUCUGGGAUAUGAUGGUUUAAUUUUGUUUCCUCGCUGCGCGUGUUAAAAAUUCUAAAAAACUACGAUUUUUAAUUUAAUUAAAGCAGUAUAAUUAUUUGUUUGCUUCUAAUGCUUUUGCUUUGCUUUACUUAGACUGAUUAAUUAAUUUUUCGUUUAGAUAAUUUUGAAUACGAAUUCACCAUCUACAACAUCCACAGCUACUACUCUUCCACAAGGACAAAUAUUACAAACAGCCGAUGGACAAUUGAUUAUAUUGCAAAGUGCUGAGCAACAGUCAACACAAGCACAAUAUGUUCAAGUCGGUGGACAAAUUUUACAAUUAAGUGGACUCCAAUCAUCACAGCAGCCACAAACAAUAACGAUACCAGCCGGUGCAUUACAACUAGGUGGUAAUAAUCAAAUAUUACAGUUAGCCACAACACCAUCAAAAAUGCAGACAGCAACAACAAAUUCAACUUUACAGCAAAAUGGAACUGUUAUUAUGAUGGUACCGGGUAAUUCUGGUCAACUUCAAGCUGUUCAAAUGCAGACAAAUGAAACGGCUACAGAAGAAGAACCAUUAUAUGUUAAUGCUAAACAGUAUCAUCGUAUUUUGAAACGUCGUGCAGCAAGAGCCAAACUUGAAUCAGAAGGUCGAAUACCAAGGGAAAGAAAAAAAUUUUUACAUGAAUCGCGUCAUCGUCAUGCAAUGAACCGUAUUCGAGGAUCGGGCGGACGUUUUGCAGCUGGCUCUAAAAAACAAGCACAACCAUCAGCAGCGACUGAUCUUCAUCUUCAACAACAGCAACAGUUACAAACACAACCAAUGCAAAUUAUUUCUCAUCCACAAACAACUCUUGCACUUGUCGGUUCUAAAGCGAUUAAGGCGCCUACCCGAGCAAGUGAAGUUAUAAAAGUCGAAUAUGCCAGAUGA